CCUCCUUCAGGCCCCAGGGUGCCCCAGACAGGAGGGGAGCUUUCCCUCCCUCUCCCUGCCAAUGCCUGGCCUCCGCCUUCCAAAGCCAUGAAAGAGACAGACCCAGGAGCCCCUGGGCAGGAAACACUGGAGCUUUUCCAAGACUACAUCACUUAUUACCGGGCAGGAGGCCGGGAUGGGCGGCUGUGGGCCUGCAGGCAGCCAGCUGUCACCCAGAAGGCCAGGCAGCUCCUGGCCUCAGGGGCCAGGCAACCCCGAGGACUCUGCUUGUAUGAAGAGGCAACCACUGGGGGCUCCUGCCAGGGGCUUCUGGGGCAGGGAGAGAAUGUAUGUCCAAGGCUGGUGCCAGCACUGGAAUUCCUGGAGCUCAUAUGUGUCAACCUCUUUCUCCUCCCUUGGAGGAGAGAAAUAAAGUCACUGAAGACAUUUACAGGUAAUUUUGUCUACUCCGUUCGGUCUGUGCUUUCAGAAAACACUGUGGAAAUGAUCCUGAAGAAAAUAGGUUAUGUUGCCUUAACAGCCACGGAAUUUUCACUUGUCAGAAAAAUAAACGAGGAGGAAGCCAUGCAGACAGCAUUUGAAAUCUUCCUCACCAGAGUUGAAUGUGAAACCAUCCUUGGAAUAUCUCCUGAGUCAGGUCACAGGGAGGAGGUGGGCACCCUUUUACAAAAUGCCCAGCCACCCAGGCUUCCAGAAUGCUUGAAAGACACGGAGACUCAUCCCAACCAGGUGUCCAGGCUCCUGGGCAAGAAGGAGACAGGCAAUUUGUUUUCCAACCUAAGGGAUGCACAGGACCCAGCAGACAAAGGCAAAUUUGAAAGCCCAUGGAGUGGGAGAACAGGGGAUGGCUGUCAUCUGAAAUCAGAUCUAAGUCUGCCCAGGGGAACAUCUCCCACAGAUGUCCUCACCCAUGAUCAGGAAGCAGUCCAAGAUGUUAGCAAGUGUUCAGACAGUGAUGAGUUCCUGAAUUGCUACAGGGACAUCUUCAUUGGCCAGAUGCCCAUUUUCCCCAAGGACCUCCCUCCAAGUAGCCAGAGGAAGCGCCAGUCCCAACAUGGCUGGGCUGACCAAGGUAUCUUGGUCUCCAACAAGGCUGCUAUGUCCAGAGUUGCCUCCAUUCUGCCCCCUCUGGCAUGCAGUGGCCCCCAGGCCCUAACAGUUUUUGCAGAUCCAACAUCUGACAACAGUAAGGACCCUGGCCCACAGGUAAGGCCUAAGCCAGCAGAGGUGGCAGGCCUUGGCAGAACCACUAGGCCCACCCAACCAGGCACAGCUCCAGAGUCCCAACCAACCAACAUGGCCCUAGCCCUCUGUGACAGCACUCCCUGGGAAGACAACUGGUCCAGUGAGGAUGACCUUGACGACCUUUCCUCUUCCUUUAGCAGGCUCCGAAUUAAAGCUCACAGUACUGAAAGCCUUGAAUAUCCUGUUGAAGAGACCUUGAAGAAUCAGGCUACCGGAAGCCCCAACCAUGCUGAAGGAGGGCCCAAGUGUCUUGACGUAACUGGUAAAAUACAUCCUACCACGCAGCCAGUAUCAGAAUUAGUGUGUGGACCCCAGAACAGUGGCUGUUCUGAGAGCAGGAGGAAGCAGCUUCAGGGAGCUAAACCAUCCUUUCGACACGUCCAGGAGCCUCCAAACAUUACAUACAUUCCUCCCAGAAGUCUAGAAGUGCUUCCUUCAGAUACCACCAUCAGCACACACCAACAGGAUGACUGUCAAUGACUGGCUAAAACCCACUAGGUAACAAGGCUUUGUGUCUAUCAGGAGGGGGAAGCAACAUUCCCAGGAACAUGGGCUAGGCAAGGUAUUUAUACUCCUUACUUGACUUUCUGAAUAGGGACAGGGCCAAGGGAACUUGGAAACAACAUGUCUUCCCAUUCCCCAUUUAGGUUCUGUCACAAGGACAUUCAAUCUUAUUCCUGCAAGGACAUGGAGGACUCCGUCAUUGGAAAAGAAGACAGGAAAGCAGAAAUCUGGAAAAGUGCAUAGAAUGUGAGGCCUGGAGUCAAAAGACCUAGGUUUCGAUCCCAGUCCUACCAUCCACUAUGACCAAGGGCAAAUCACAUUCCAUCUCUGGACUUCAGUUUCCUCAGCUACAUGCAAGACAAGUACAUCAGACUAAGACGCAUCCUAAUGCAAACAUUCUUAUGUUUUAACCUUCUAUGUUCUAAGAUCUCUUCAAGCUGACAUUCUAUAUUCUAAGAUCUCUUCUAGCUCUGACCUUCUAUGUUCUAUCAUUCUAUGUCCUAAGGUCCCUUUAAUUUGUGAUAUUCUGUAUUCUAAAGUCCCUUCUAGUUUGGGUAGGAAGGAGAGUUACAGAAUUUACAUAGAUUAGAGAUUUCUCCAAGAGAAUCCAGAGAAGUUUCACUCCCACAAGCACAAAGAUGGUGGGUUACCACAGAAAGAUCUAGGAAUAUAUUACCAUGGAAAACUUGACUGUCACGAACUGGCCACGUGACCAUGGGAAGAUCGUGAUAUUUUCCUGUGCCUUACUUUCCUCAUCUGCAAAAAGUGGAUGGUGAUCCCUGCCCCUCCCCCCAGGAUGCUGUGAGGUAAUAUGUAAAUAUCACUGGGGAGCUGACAUUAUCAUGGACCCUUCCGUGGUAGCUGCUGCUUCCUGACUUGUCUACUUUCCAUUCCUCCAUUCUCCUACCUGUAGCAGGGGUGAUUCCUCUGCCACCUGUAGGCAUCAAGGAACCCUGACUUUGGAGUCAAACAACUAGGUCUAGAGCCUGGCUUCUUAACCAACUAUUACUAUGGAUAUCACUUUACCUUCUGUACCUCAAUUUUCUCAGAUUUAAAGUGAGGGAGUUGUAGUAGAUGGUGAUUAUGGUCCCUUCCAGUUCCAAUAUUCUUUGAUCUUAUGCAUUGUUGCAUAGUCUGAGACUAGUCUUGGUUUUGGUUAGUACAGGAGCCCCAGGACUAGUGGGUAUUUGGCUCAGCAUCAUCACUCUUAAGGUUGGUCCCCCCUUGAUGCAGUUUCCCAGUGGCUGGAAAUUUUGUCUUUAAGUCCUCAUCUCCAGGUGUCUGAACCCUGAACCUUCGUGCUACAGGUCUAGACCUCCCGACAUCUUCUGUGCAAUUGUCACGAUACCACCUGGCUAUCCCAGUGCUAUGUUCAUUGCCUCAAACCUUCCUCACCUCCACCCCUGCCACUGCCCAUACUGACAUCCCAUAUCCCAGACUCUGCUCCAACUUCAGGAUUCAGAGCUAGAGCUCCGUUCUGCCUGCAACUGAUAAGCAGGUUGGAUUGCAGUUUCCUAAGUUUCCUUCCAGUUCAAAACCCUAUGAUUUCUGCCUUCCUUUGUCUUGAAUCUGCUUUCUAAACUCACUUUGCUGUGUGGUCAUCCCGAGAUUAACAGCUGCUGCUUCAUAAAAUCUGCAACCAACUUUCCAAUCCCUGCCUGACCCCAAACAUUUGCCCUGAUGCCUCGUUCUGGCUUCCCCAGUCCAGCUCAGCCCAUCCCUGAGGUCUACUUUGGGCAAUUACUAUCCUUUUCUAACAAAUAAGAGGAAAACAGGGGCAAUAGGGUAUGAUAUAAAGAACACUGGAGAGGGAGUUCAGAGAAUUCUUUUCUGGUUUUGGCACUAGCUGGUGUAGCAAAGGACCACAAAAGAGGUAAGGGGUGGCAAAUGCCAGAAAAGCCAAACCACUAUGACCACCAUCAUGUCCCUUCAGAUCCCAGUGGAGUCAGCCCAAGAUCUGAGCCCAAGAGCCCUGGUAGUAGCAAUGUAUUCCCUUCUUCCGCAAGAUCACCAACCCUAAUUCCAGCUCAAUCCCCGAAGCCACCAUGCAGGGAAUUAACCCUAAUGGAGAUGUGACCUCGCUACCCCCUAUCUUUCUCACCAGUCAAAGCUACUGAUCUGGAAAGGAAAACUCACGCCACCAAAGUCCCUGGCACUGUCAAAUGAUUCAACACCAAAAGUGGAAAAGGUUUUGUCAGUGGAAAUGACACUGUGGAUGUAUUUCUAUCUUCUUUGCCACUGUGCCCAUGGGGCCUUCCCAUCUGACUCCCAGCUGAAAUCUUCCACGUGUUGUCACCCCUUUAGAAUGUGGGGGCUUGGGGGAAGGGACUGGCUUGCUCUUUUUCUAUUUGCAUCCCCGGGAUUUAUCCUGGCGCUUUGCACAUAGUAAGCACAAUAAAUGCUUUCUCAUCCAUUCACUCACAAACUCAUUCUGUAGCCUUAGACAAGUCACAUCUCCCUUUCCUGGGCCUAAGCUUCCUCUUUUGUAAAAUGAGGGGGUUAAAUCAGAAUCCAAUUCUGUUACUAUGAUUCUAAGCAGCUCUUAGUUCAGAAAGAAAUAUCCUUAAACAAAAAAACCUGUUGAUAAACAGACCAGCCCCAUCAAGUUAAAUCAACGAAUUUAUAUUAGUGCUGGGUCUACAGAUCUCUUACGGGCAGGAGAGAGGGGCUAAGAUUUCACAUAGCAAAGGGUUUCUCUCCCCCUUCCUCCUAUAAUAACAGCUAAUAUUUAAAUAGUGCCUACAACGUGCCCAGUA